AUGAAUGGUACUUUUAUCCACGUACCUAGCCGGCUAAUUUAUCAGGCCGAAAACGAGAAAUGAGCUGCUGGUCGAAUUGUUUCACGGACUGUGCUGCAAUUAAACUGGUGGACAGUUGGUUUGCAACAUGGAAAAUUUUACCCAAAUUCAAAUCUCAAUAUUUUCGGAAUGGAAAGAGAGUAGGGGUAUUCGGGGGCUACUGGCGUGUAUCAUUAAAUUUACGAGUCAACACUGCCUAGACUUACCUUCAUGUGAUCAAUAGAGCAAAGAUGCCCCUCGUAGCUCAUGGGACUUUUGAAAUCGAUGUCGCACACCUAAUAAAAAGGAAAUAACGUUUAAGAAUAUAGUCGUAGAAGGAAAAGACCCAUGACUUGUACUCGUCAGAGUGAGACGGUCUUGAAGAAGAGAACCUUUCAGAAGAGCCUCCAUAUUUGCUCCUGUU